UUGAUUGAUUUUUAAAUAAAUGUGUCUGUUCUCUGUGGGAUUGUUGUUAACUUCUACAUUAUUAGUUAAUAUAAAAUGUAAACAUUCGAAAUGUGUGCUGAACUACAAAAAUAGCUUUUUAGUAAUAAAAUAAUUGAGUGAUCAAUGUUGAUAUUCGUGCACUUAUUUUUAAAUAACUUUAUUUGCGAGCAGAAUGGGCAACACAAGUAAGAAGUUGGCAGCGAAAUGUACCUUACUGACCAAAGAUGAACAGAAGUAUGUAGCGGCAACAUUCAGAGCGGCCAGUAAGAAUUCUGAGAGGAUACGGGAGGAUGAUCUCAUCGUGAGUGGAAAAGUAGAUGCAGUGUUGCUAGAAAAAUUCUGGGGUCCCCAAAUAGACCCGAGACUGGCGCAGUACCUCUCCAACUUCUUAUUCGGGUCGGGACAACAAAAGACAGCAACGGUCGAGUUCAAUAGAUUUGCAGAGUUAUAUGUGUACAACGUGAGAGGAACGGUGGAUGAAAGAAUGAUGGUCACAUACAAUAGUUUGGGCAAGGAUUACAACGAGACGGUGGAGUUACCGUACCAGCUCCUGAAAGAGUACUGUGAAAGUAUAGCGUCGACGUAUAUAAAGAUAUUGAAGGGCUCGGCGUCGAAACGCGCGCGCAUUUGGAUCGAGAAGGGGUUCAAGGGGCGCGCCUCCCACGUACAAGCGUUGGGGGAAGCCGUGGCGGCCACCGUUGGAGGGGAUCUGGACUCCCCGCACCAUCAUUGUACUUCUGAACAGUUAUCCAAAUGGUUACAAACGAAUACCCUACUAAAGCAAUUGGCAGAAUUAGUGUUCCUGAACCUGUACGGUAUUAACAAGAAGCCAGGAGACGAGAGCCCCACACCAGCGCCGGCCGCUAUGCCCUCGCUUCUCCCUAUUCCUGACGGUCUAGACGCGAUGCCAGACUAUCCAGCGUUCAUCGAUCUAUCCCAUAUAGUGUGGCUGAACAGUCAUAUCCCACAGAAGCAUCAGCACAAGUGGCGGUUCCUGUUCUCAUCGCAUAUACACGGCGAAUCAUUCUCCACUAUGGCGGGUAGGAUCCAAGAUCAAGGUGCGUCCAUCCUCAUAAUUGAAGAUAACAGCGGCUACAUCUUCGGGGGCUACGCCCCCGUGCCGUGGGCUCUAGGGCCCAACUUCAUAGGCACCGACGAUUCCUUCCUGUUCACCCUAGCACCGAAGAUGCGAAUGUACCCAGCUACUACAUACAACAAUCAUUACCAAUAUAUGAACCAUCAUACGAAGACGUUGCCUAAUGGACUGAUAAUGGGUGGUCAGUUCGAAUUUGGUGGCAUUUGGGUGAAUGCGGACCCAUUCGGCGAAGGUUCCUCGGCGGAGUCCUGCAGUACUUACAAGGGGUACCGCCGCCUCAGCAAGGAUCCAGCCUUCCACAUCCGCAGCCUCGAGGUCUGGGGUGUCGGGGAUAAGCCCGUCAUAGACAAGGAGUCGGAUGAACGCGACGUGAGCGUGUUAGACACAAAUCCAGAAGCGAAGGCCAUCUUGGACAUGGCGGGCCGCACCCGGCACAGCGAGGGAAUCCGUGAACCACCACCGUUAUAAUGAACGCAUGGCUUUAUAUACAUAGUUCCUUUGCUACUCCACUGAACCAUAGACAAAAUCACUAUAUAACUUGAUUUUGGUAUAUUGAUUGUGCCAUUUAUAGAGAUUUUUAUUAUCUGAUAGGUAUUAUGAAUGGUUUUGGAACGAAUUAUUUUCUUUUUCAGCCAUUUUAUAUCGUUUUAAAUUAAAAAAGAAAUAUACCUCAAAAAUAAUCUAAGGUAAAAUGAUUAUUACACUAUCAUAAAAAAUUAAUUAAAAAAAAUAGCGAUGCAUUUUUAACUUUAAUAAUAAGUACUUCAGUUUGGGAUUGACUGAAAAUCACUUAUCAUUUCCAACUUGUAUUUGUCUCAUAAAUACACACAUGUUACAAUAAAUAUGAUAGUGUAAUGGUCCCUAUUAUAUAACAUAUGCAUAAGGUAGUUUGAAAGUAAAAUCUUUCGCUAUUAAAGAUCUGAGGUUAUAAAGCAUAAAGUGUUGUAUAUAUUUUAAUAUACUUUGCGAAUAAUAAGCAUUCAGUCGUUCUUCAUUCUGCUUUAGCAAGAGAACAUCACAAUGCAACUAUUUUUCCUUACUUCUUGUAUAACGGCAGAAAAUCAAGAAUAAUAGUUUUGAGAAUAUAGCACUUAAAUUAAAUUAAAUUAAUUAAAAUGAGUUUAGACAUUAAAUCACAAUCAGAGACGUUCCUUAACCUGGUAACCGCGGAAUUCCUUUUUUAAUUACGCAACAUAUAACAGGCACUGACUCUCAUUAGGACGUGUCAGUACGUCACAGAGAAAUAUAAUUUUAUAUAUAUAUAUAUUUUAUUUGUAAUGUAUUCCUUUAUUUAUAAGCAACAAUAACAGUAUACAAAAACUUUGUUGUACGAAACUAUACGUCCCACCCGUUCCAGGCUUCAGAGCGCAACAUGUUUGACGUAUUUAAACGUCCCGCUCGGUUAACAGGUUAAGUUAUUGGUAAUGAAUGAUUAGUGAAGUAUAAUUAAAUCUGUUAUUGAGCCGUUCAUCCCAGAGACAAAAUUUAGUCACUCAAAGUUAAUGACAAUUGUAAUGGAGCAUAGGGCAGUGAAUAUAGGAUUCAUGCUAUCGACUGUAAAUCGACAAAGUGAUUUGCAAGUAGAACAGAGUUGCAAGUAGUAUAAAUUAUUCCAAAACAUACUAGAAUUUUAAGUUUAAAUAUUUUGAAAGUUCAAUAAUUAUUUUAAAAAUAUUCCAAUUAAUUAUUCUGCACAUAUUUAUAUAUAAACAUAAUGUAAAUUAGCUAUUUUUAUUAUAAUAUAAUCAGCUUUCAUAUUUUUUAUUACGGCAAUAACUGUCUAAACAUAAAAAAUAAAAAGUGCGGUUUUCUUAAAAAUAUUUUUCUCGACUUUCUGCGCAUAUACUAGACUUAUAGGCUGUAUAUAAUUAUUCAUUUGCUUGUAUUUGUAAUUUAUUUAAUAAAUUGUAAUAUGUUGUAACAGCAAUAAAAAUGUGCUUGUAAAAUAACGGGAUGGUGCCUUUUAUAUUUAUUAAAUUAUUAGGAAAUUUUGCUGCCAUCCUUCACACAUCCGUUCGCUUUCUCUUAGUGAUUUAAGUAUUUAUACAUACAUUAUGUUGUCUGUGGUACAUUUUAAUAUUUUUAUAGUGACGGGAAAUUAAUAUUAUGUGAGCAUUUAUAUGAGAUUAAUUCUUAAGCGUCUUUCUCUAAAACUAAACAAUAAAUUUAAUAUUUCAAAUAAAUGUUUGAUGAGAGUUUGACUCUAGUCUAAAUUUAGUCUAUGGUUCUGUCUACAUUAUGAAAACAUAAUGGGGUUAAUGCUUAAGUGUCAUUCUCUAAAACAUUGAUUUAAAAAAAUAUGCGAAUCAAAACUAGGCUAAAUUUAGUCUAUGGUUCUUUCUACAUUAUGAAAACAAAAUAGUCUAAAUGAUUGUGACAAACUCUAUUAAGUAGUCUUGAUGGUAAACGCAAAAUCUGAUAGUGAAAGCAGUAAAAUCUGUUUGCAUAGUUUAAACGUAGUAAACGCAAAACCACAUAGACUUACGCGAAUAUACUUUAUAAUAAUUAAAUAUUUUGAGUUAAGACACUUUGGAAUUAUGUCACAUAUAACUAUAUCUUAUUACAUAUAGUACUUGUUCAUAAAAUAAUAUCUUGAAAAUCACUAUUAAAACGUAAAUGUUUUUUACUAUUUCAAUUCACUAGAGUUGUGCUUUAUAAAGAAAAAAAUUGUAUAUAAGAUUUUUUAUAUUAUAUAUUACAUGGUCGAUGUAUAAAAUGAAUAUUGUAAGCUUGUGUUCACGAAUAAAUUUAUAAAUAUAUAAAUGUAAUGCUACGUUUACAUUCAGCCGCUUCCCCUGCCACUCGCGCUGCCGGAAAUAUUGCCGGGCGACAACUGAGCGAGAGGGCUGAAUAUAAAAACACGCUGCCACUCGCGCUGCCAGUCCUUUGACUCACGCACGAAAAACCGACAAUCGAGGGAGCGCCGGGCAGCGCGAGUGGCAGCGCCAAUGGCAUGGGAAGUGUUUCCACUCUCGCGCUGCUCACUUCGGCACAUUCGGGCUGAGUGUAAACUUGGCAUAAGACGCGGAAUUGGGAAGUAGGAGUAAAUGAUCUGGGAAA